GCUUCCAAAAUUCUUGUUUUAUUCUUCGGAGAAUAUGCAGGCCAAGCCAUCUCAUAUUAUUCCGACAAAGUUCCCUUCUCCGAUAGAACUCCCUCCGUUGUACCGGAUUCCAACGCCGUCGAGAACCAAAAUACAAAGAGCUAUAUCCAUUUCUUCUACUGAUAAUAGCCACUUAGCCUUGGAAAGUGCUAUAGAUGAUUCAGUCGCUGCGUUUUGGGAUUAUCAAUUUUUAUUUGUGUCUCAACGUUUUGAGACUGUGGAGCCAGUCACCCUUCGAGCUGUAGACGGUGCAAUCCCGCCGGACUUCCCUUCCGGUACGUAUUAUCUAACCGGGCCUGGUCUUUUCACCGAUGACCAUGGAUCCACGGUGCAUCCUUUGGAUGGUCAUGGGUACCUUAGGGCAUUUAUUAUUGAUGAAGUCUCUGCGGAUUUGAAGUUCAUGGCUAGGUACGUGAAGACAGAGGCUCAGGUGGAGGAACACGAUCCAGAGACUGGCACGUGGCGAUUUACUCAUCGGGGCCCAUUUUCUGUCUUAAAAGGGGGUCAGAGGCUCGGAAAUACCAAGGUCAUGAAAAAUGUAGCCAAUACUAGCGUACUCAAGUGGGGUGGGAGGCUAUUGUGCUUGUGGGAAGGCGGGAUUCCUUAUGAGAUUGAAUCAGGGACGUUGGAUACGAUUGGGAGAUUUGAUUUGGUCGAUGGUUGUGAUCUAGCGACGGACGGAGUAAAUCAUAACGGCGAUCUAUUGGAUAUAGCCGCAGGUUUAUUGAAGCCGAUACUGUAUGGAGUUUUCAAGAUGCCACCCAAAAGAUUGUUGUCUCAUUAUAAGCUGGACAGCAAGAAAAAUAGGCUUCUUACCUUGUCAUGCAAUGCGGAGGAUAUGUUACUGCCUCGCAGUAAUUUUACGUUUUAUGAAUAUGAUUCAAAUUUCAAAUUACUACAAAGACGAGAAUUCAACAUUCCCGAUCAUUUGAUGAUACAUGAUUGGGCAUUUACAGAUACUCAUUACAUACUCUUUGCCAAUCGAAUUAAACUUGAUGUUAGCGGAUCAAUGGCGGCAGUCUGUGGGUUGUCUCCCAUGAUAUCUGCCCUGUCAGUGAACCCUAGCAAGUCAACCUCUCCCAUAUAUUUACUUCCUCGUUCUCCUGAUAAAUCCUUUGGCUACCGAGACUGGAGAGUGCCUGUAGAAGCACCUUCACAGAUGUGGCUGCUGCACGUCGGCAAUGCUUUUGAGGUCAUGGAUGACAAUGGGAAUUUGGAGGUCCAAGUACAUGCUUGCUGUUGCUCCUAUCAAUGGUUCAAUUUCAAAAGAAUGUUUGGGUAUGAUUGGCAAAGUGGGAGACUAGACCCUUCUAUUAUGAACGUGAGAGAACGAGGAAACGAGUUAUUGCCUCAUCUAGUUCAGGUAUCUAUUAACUUGAAUGCUGAUGGAAGCUGUCAAAGAUGUAGUGUGGAGCCCUUGAAUAAAUGGAAGAAGCCUGCAGAUUUUCCCAUCAUUAAUCCAACAUUUUCUGGCAAUAAGAACACCUACAUAUACGCAGCAACUUCUUCGGGGUCUCGCCAGACAUUGCCACAUUUCCCAUUUGAUAUGGUGGUGAAGUUGAAUGUACGAGAUGAGUCUAUAAAGACAUGGUCUGCUGGUGCUCGGAAGUUUAUCGGUGAGCCUAUAUUUGUUCCCAAGCCAGGAGAAGAAGACGAUGGGUAUCUUCUCGUAGUUGAGUAUGCAGUGGCAAUACAGAGAUGCUAUCUUGUGAUUUUGAAUCCAAAGAGGAUUGGGGAAGCUGAUGCAUUAGUAGCAAGAUUUGAGGUCCCCGGGCAUUUAAAUUUCCCACUUGGUUUUCAUGGUUUUUGGGCUGAUACUACUGAAACAAAGUUUUAAACUUUGUUUACACACAUACAUAUAUAAGAUGAGAGUUUAUUGGCAUUUAAAUUAAAUAUUUACUGUGAGAUUGCUUAUAAUAUAAGCAAAUAAAAUGAAUAAUAAUG